GCAAGAUGAGCCUUAACGUAUCAUUCACGAAUAUGACUUCUGUUUCUCCUACCGGGGCAGUUCAAGUUGGCCAUGGCGAUGCCGUGUGGAUUUUGACCAGUGCUUUCAUUAUCUUUACCAUGAUCUCUGGAUUCGGACUCGUUGAGUCAGGUAUGGUAUCUAAAAAAAAUGAGACCAACAUUAUGGUAAAGAAUGCUCUGGAUGUGAUUUUCGGUGGUCUCUCCUACUGGAUAUUUGGCUUCGCUUUCAGUCGGGGAGAAUCAGGUGAUGAACACGGCAAACAAAGCGCAUUUUCAGGAUCAGCAAACUUUUUUGCUGACGCAAACCAGUCAAGAAUGGGAAGCGUGUUCGCUUUGUAUUUUUUUCAGGCAUCUUUCGCAACAACUUCAACAACAAUUGUGUCAGGUGCCAUCGCAGAGCGGGCAAAUUUGCAAGCCUAUAUGGUUUUCUCUUUCACAAACACGCUGGCGUUCUGUUUUCCUGCCUACUGGGUCUGGGGAGAGCACGGCUGGCUGAAGGAGCUUGGAGUGGUAGAUGUGGGUGGGGCGAGUCCUGUACACCUAGUAGGUGGGGUUGCUGGCUUAGUUGGGACCAUCAUGCUGAGGCCAAGACGAAACAAGUAUAACGACAAUGGCUUGACACUAAAAAUGGCUUCUCCGACGAAUGUUCUCUUGGGUAUGUUCAUGCUUUGGUGGGGCUGGCUUGGUUUUAACUGCGGGAGCACAUUUGGGGUAAGUGGCGGUAAAUGGAAGCUUGCUUCACGGUCAGCUGUCUGCACGUUGAAUGCCUCAAUUGGUGGGGGCAUUUUUGCUCAUUUGUUUAGUGUCUUUUACUUGAAGCGUGUUGAUGUACCAACUUUUAUGUCUGGAAUACUAGGGAGUCUGGUGAGUAUCACGGCAAUAUGCGCCGUUGCCAGGCCUGGGGAGAGCAUUUUUAUUGGUUUCAUUGGUAGUGCGAUCUCAGUGAUGGGGUGGCUUUUGUUGGAGAAGUUUAAUAUUGACGAUCCUGUCGGUGCUAUCCCAACCCAUGCUGGCGCUGCUAUUUGGAGCAUGUUUGCUGUCGGGUUGUUCGUCGAACAAGACCGCUUGGAAGAUUUCUCAGAGACGUACGGUGUUUUCAAAGGGGGGCAUUUUAAAAUUUUGGGAGUUCAGCUCCUGGCGUGUUUAACAAUCGGACUGUGGGCGGCUGUAGUCGCAUUUUUUCAGUUUUUCAUCAUUGGAAAGUUUAUCCAUUUCCGAUUUUCUGAAUAUGAAGAGGAACUGGGGGCUGACUUCUGUGAACAUGCUAUAGAUCACAGCACGGAGCGAAAGACGCCACAGCAGCUUCAGAAGCUUGAACGCAUGCGCGCAGCACUGGCCAUAAAGAAUAAAGUUGCACCUGCCGAUUGUCCAGCCGGAAAUCCUCAAGAGAAAAACCGGGGAUUGGCACUGCUCCAAACAGUAGUGGGGACUUUGUGGGGUGCACAGCGAAGCACGCGGGUCGACCGGUUACAGGAAGAGGAAACGAAAAGCGAGGAAAAUAAGAAAGGCCUCUCAAAGUUAAGAUCAGCGGCAUCUGUCUUUAGAGGUGGUGGAAACGUCACUCGCGUCGUUAAAUUUCACGAAGAGACAUCAGUAGAAGGUGAGGCCGUUGCUGAUAAUAAGGAAGGCCUGCAAAGGUUUAGGGUCAUAGCGCUUGCUUUGAGAGGUGCUCAACGGAUGAGGAGAGGUACACAAUCGCCGGAAGAGCAUCAAAGAAAUUCUGAUGAUGGCCAUACGAGAACUUUGCCAAGGUUUAGACCUUUGGCAUUUGCUGCAUGGGGUAUUCAACGCAAAUCAAACACUAUUCAAGUAAAAGAGGCAGUAAAUUUUGAUAACGAACCAUGAGUUCGUUCCAAAGAC